AUGGGCAUGUUCCACUCCACCAGUGGAAAAUCAGGGUACAACCUGUAUCUACAGCCCACUCCGAUCGUUAUUGAGAAGGAUAUGGCCAUCCUUCUUCUCAAAGAAGAACAACGACUUCGGAGAGACCCUCAAACGCAACAAGCCUAUUCUAAAGCUGAUGAUGAUCUUCCUCGAAUUGAAAAGAUCACCAUGGACUUGCAAGAACAAGUGGUUGCCAAUGUUUUGGGAAUGAAACGCAAUACCUCUUUGGUGGUUGAUGAAAAGUUUAAUCAAUUCAUGAUUGCUUAUCGAAAUUUACGAUGCCGAUUCAAAGAUGAUCCCGAAGUGAAUACUCUCACCGAUUACUUUAAGUACGACAUGUCCCGAGCAUGCACUCUCGAAUGGAAUACAACUUUGGAUUUGAGUGCAAUUUCAGUGGUGGAUUUGAUGGAUUUCUAUGAUCAUCAAUCUCAUGAAAACAAUCAUCAAGCACUCGGAACAAUUUCCUCUCACGAAUUGGCUCUCCAACACACCCUCUCAUUGAACGAGUUAUUGAAGAAGAGAAAUCCCAACAAUUUACCAGUGGCACUCAUUGGUGCCAGUUAUUCCUGA